AUGUCAAGGAAAAUAGACUCUUAUAAGGAGAAGCUUGAUAAGAAAUUGAAACACAUGAAGAUCUGGAGGAGAGUGUCAGAUGUGUUGUUUGUAUCUGUUUUUGUCUCUGUGUUGAUUUUCAAGGUAGUAGCAGCUGCCAAUGCACCACCUGUUGUAAUUGCUGUGGCCAGUGCGCUAACCGCUUCAAUGGACUCGCUGGGAAGUUGGUGUAACUUGGUUUGGAAUCAGUACCAGGAAGCAUUGAAGGAGAAGAGGGAGUUAGUGAACUCAAUUCAUCGUGCAACUUUCAUUACGAUCGGUGAUAUGGACAUUGUAAAGGCUCUUGACGAAAACUUUAUAGUGAGAAUCGAGUCACUCUUGAAGAAUGCAGAGUUUGCUAUCACGGAAGAAGGCUUUGUAAAACUCAUGAUGGAUGAGAUCAAGAAGACGGUGGCGAUGUUCAUGGAAACCUUGGAGGAAUCAGAUGGCCAAGCUCGUAGCUGUCACCGCCACAUAAUCCAAGGAAGGACUGUGAUUUUGAAGAGGAUCAAUUAUACUAGACAAUGA